AUGCAGUUGGCAGAGAAAAAUCAUUCAAUCAGCCAAAGCGAACUUCUCGAAAAAAUUACAAAUCUUCUUUCGCAUCAAUUGAGAAACGAAAAAGAGAGAAACGAGUUGAUGGAUCUACAAUUACAGCAAAAUGAAGAUGAAAAUGGAGACUCACGAGAAGUAAAGAGACCCUGUAUCACGUUAACUGACAUAGAAUCGAUUCAAAGGGACAAUCGAAACCUUCGAGAUCAAAUUGCUUCGACUCCAGAAGCUCCGCCCACUCCACCAGUUUCGAAAUCUUUUUCAGAUGGACAACCAAACCAUCACAGAUUUGCACUUUUCAGGUUCCAGAUAAACAGUUUAAACAGGCAAAGGAGAUGA